AUGAGUUACAGUCGAUUCGUCGCAGCCCAAAGACACAAUAAUCCAUGUCUAGCUGGCCUCGAGAAUUUCCUCUCCGAUCCCAACUCAGACCAGCGGCCCUGUCGAAUCCUCAAACUCGAUUUUCCGGUUGAUACUAAAAGCCCCCACCUAUCCUCCGCCCAACAAAUCGAUAUCGAAGACAUCGCGGAAACCAUCUACGCUUCCAAACCCAAAGGACACGGACAAAUCUUGUUCAUCGAAGAUCUAUGUCCAGAUAUUAUCGAGAUCCUCGGUACAAGGUACCAGAUCGACCCUCUUUUCUUUGCCUCGCAUCUCCACGCUCCGUUUCGCCAGAUUGACGCGCAAACCCCGAAUCUUGCCAUCUUGCCGUCCCGCACGCGGAAGCAGAACUUCAUCAACUUGCAUUACCAUCGUGCUGUCGAGCUGAGGGGGAAGGUUGAGAACGAGAAUAUGCUCAUCCGUGAUAUGAACGUGAACCGCAAGGUUGCUGUGCUUGUCCCGACGGAAGGGACCCAGAUUGCUCUCGUGCAGCAUGCAUGCUCGGUGAUUGUCUCCAAGGUUAAUAGAAUGGUCUUACUAGGCAUUAUCCUUGUCGACGGUCCUAUUUUCGCCGACCAUACCCCAGUACAGUAUAAAACCAAACCUCAAGAAUUUUCCGACGACAAAGAGCUCCAGCUCCGACGAUCAUGUCGCGUGAAGUCCAAGCUAUUUCUCAACGGCUACGAGGACUUCAUGCCUCCAGAACCCGGGUCUCUAGAUUUCAAGGACCCUUCCGCAUUUCGCGGUCCGCCUCGAGAAAGCCUACUCGCCGAUCUCAUUUACUACUGGAAAAGACAGAUCCCAGAGGACUUUAACGCCGAGCACCCCACCCUCUUCAGUCUCGCCUAUUACCCACUCAAGAUCAUUGCGGCAGAGUGGAACAACUACCUGGCAGCCAUGAGCUACCAUAUCAAGCGGCACGAGUACGCCGUGGAAACCAUCGGCAAGCCCGUGUCGGAGCUGGACAAGCUAAACGUGGACCUGCGAAGUCUCCAAGUCUGGCGUCGACGCAGUCUUGCCUCGCAGCAGAAGAUCACAGCAGUCAAGCGCUUUGUAGCACUCCACCACGUUGCAUGUGAAACCCCGGCUACUGGCCUUCUAGAAGACUACGACCACCUCGCGGCAGCUCUGGACGAUCUUUCCUUUCGGCUAGGAAACAUGCUUCCCGUCGUCACCUCGCUCGUCCAGAUCUCGGACAGCCGACGGUCUCUCGCGGAGUCGGCCAAUGUCAGCCGGCUGACGUCGUUGGCGUUCAUCUUUGUUCCGCUGACUUUUACGACAGGGCUGUUUAGCAUGAACAACGAGAAUGGGCCGGGAGGUGCCUAUUUCUGGGUGUUCUUUGCCGUGUCGGUUCCUAUUACUUUGCUUGUGUUUCUGGUUGCGAGACCGCCGUCGCGGCUUUUGCGCUGGCUUUCUGCGCGUGUCAGGCCUGCUUUGAGAGCCGCAUAUCCUCCCGUUUGA